AAGGGAAAGAAAAUUUCAAUAGGAGAUGCACAAUUUGCUUCUUCUCCAAUCUCUGCGAGAAAAACUACUUGUAAAACAAUAUUUCUUCUUUCGCUUCCUUUUCUCGAACUUUCUCUUCUGCCAGUUUUUAAAUUCGUUUCAAUCAAAAUCUAAAUCAAAAUCGUAUACUUCCGGGCCUUUUUUGGCUAAAAGAAGCUCUUUUUUCAUCUAAAUAAUUGGUUAAAUAGAAUUCUGAUCGGCCAUGGCUGCAAAGAUUCUUGCCAACUUAAUUGUAAUGGGCUCCGGUAUAUUGGCUCGUGCUGUUGUUCAGGCAUAUCGUCAAGCACUUGCAAAUGCUUCAAAAUCUGGUGUUGCCCAGGAGACACUACAAAAUGCUGCCCGCCGAGCUAGCAAAGUCAUGACCGAGCAAGAGGCUAGGCAGAUUCUUGGUGUAAGUGAGGAGACUGCUUGGGAGGAGAUAAUGAAGAAAUAUGACGUUUUAUUUGAGAGGAAUGCCAAGAACGGGAGCUUCUACCUUCAGUCGAAGGUUCAUAAGGCUAAGGAGUGCUUAGAGGCAGCCCAUCAAGGCAAAGGGGAGGGCACUCCUAGUUGAGAAUUUGUCGAGGUUUGCUCAUUGCACAUAGAGACACCUGUUUGUAUACUAAUUCUAGUCUCUGAAGAAUGGUCUAAAAGAUUUAAAUUGUAUGCAGCAGCUGUUCUACAUUUCGCUGCUCCUGGGUUCGAACGUUUAUGGAAAUUUUGUAUCAUCAAUGCUAAAGUAGUUGAGUGGUUGCGAACAACUAAAGAUUCUUAAAUCAUCUAUGCCGGCAAUGUAUCUUGAUCUAAGUGUUUGCAGUUGAUGUGCUGCAUGUUAGUUUAAUACACAGCGCGGAUUAGUUGUAAUACUAAUAAAGAAUGUGAGAAAUUAC